CCGGUGCCGGCGUCCACGGAGCUGCGGCGGCGGGGGCGGCCGCGGCUCCGGCUCGCAGCCUCCCUCUCUUUUAUGAGCGGCGAGGCGGAGGAGCGGCAGCGGGGGACACCAGGAGGAGCAUUUCUUCCCCGGGGUUUAUGAAUGGCACUGACAUGGAGGAAAUACCGUUUCAGAAAGUCAAGACCAAGAGGAAGAAGUGCUGCCACUGCUGCUGCUCCCCGCCGGCUGCCGCGGCGGCGGGAGCGGGCGCCGGGCUGGGGGACCCCCCUCCCCUGCUGCUGCUGGAUGCCAUCGCCUGCGAGGACGAGUUUGACUGCAAGGAGCUGGAAGCUCUCUUCCAGAGCUACAACCUGAAGCUGGAGCAGACGUCUACCCUCAAGGCGCUGGCCGUCCUCAUCGUGCUCACCGCCAGCCUGGCCCUGGUGGAGCUGCUCUCCGGCCCCAGCCUGACCAUCUCCAAAGGCUCGCACCCGGUGCACUGCAUCAUCUUCCUCUCCCUCUUCAUCGUCACCAAUGUCAAGUACCUGCAGGUCACCCAGCUGCAGCAGAUCGUCAAGCUUACCUUGCUCUUCAGCUUCACCUUCUCCUUCCUCUGCUGCCCCUUCUCGCUUGGCGCCUACGGCAUGGAGCCCCCCAGCGCCCCCGAGCAGGGCAUGUGGCAGCUCAUGCUGGUCACCUUCGUCUCCUACUCGCUGCUGCCCGUCCGGACCCUGCUGGCCAUCGUCUUCGGGCUGGUGGUCUCCGUCUCCCACCUCAUCGUCACCGCCACCUCCGUCAAUGCCAAGCGGCAGCGGCUCUGGAGGACGCUUGUGGCCAAUGCAAUCCUUUUUGUCAGUGUAAAUUUGUAUGGGGUCUUUGUGAGGAUUUUGACAGAAAGGGCUCAGAGGAAGGCAUUCCUUCAGGCGAGGAACUGCAUUGAGGACAGGCUGAGGCUGGAGGAUGAAAAUGAAAAACAGGAACGUCUCUUGAUGAGUCUUUUGCCUAGGAAUGUUGCAAUGGAAAUGAAGGAAGAUUUUCUGAAACCUCCUGAAAGGAUUUUCCACAAGAUUUACAUUCAAAGGCAUGACAAUGUCAGCAUUUUGUUUGCAGACAUUGUGGGGUUCACUAGUUUGGCAUCACAGUGUACUGCCCAAGAGCUGGUGAAGCUGCUGAAUGAGCUCUUUGGCAAGUUUGAUGAAUUAGCUACAGAAAACCACUGCAGAAGAAUAAAAAUCCUAGGGGACUGUUACUACUGCGUAUCAGGACUGACCCAGCCCAAAACAGAUCAUGCCCAUUGCUGUGUGGAAAUGGGACUGGAUAUGAUUGACACCAUCACAUCUGUUGCAGAAGCCACAGAGGUUGAUCUCAACAUGCGAGUUGGAUUGCAUACAGGCAGGGUGCUUUGUGGGGUCCUGGGUCUCCGAAAAUGGCAAUACGAUGUCUGGUCAAAUGAUGUGACUUUAGCUAAUGUGAUGGAAGCUGGAGGACUGCCUGGGAAAGUUCACAUAACAAAGACCACCUUAGAGUGCCUAAAUGGGGACUAUGAGGUAGAACCAGGAUAUGGUCACGAAAGGAAUAGUUUCCUGAAGAAGCAUAAUAUUGAAACGUAUUUUAUUGUGCCAUCCCAUCGUAGGAAGAUAUUUCCUGGACUGAUUCUGUCAGACAUUAAGCCUGCCAAAAGAAUGAAGUUCAAGACAGUCUGCUACCUGCUUGUGCAGCUCAUGCACUGCCGUAAGAUGUUCAAAGCAGAGAUCCCUUUCUCCAACGUCAUGACGUGUGAGGAUGACGAUAAGAGGAGAGCAUUAAGGACAGCCUCUGAAAAACUCAGGAAUCGUUCCUCUUUUUCUACCAACGUUGUAUACAACACUCCAGGAACUCGAGUAAACAGAUACAUCAGCCGUUUGAUAGAGGCCCGGCAAACUGAGUCUGAGAUGGCUGACUUGAACUUCAUUACCCUGAAAUAUAAGCAAAUCGAGCGUGAAAAUAAAUACCACCAGCUUCAGGAUGAGUACUUCACCAGUGCUGUAGUUCUCUCACUAAUUCUAGCUGCCUUAUUUGGCCUUGUCUACCUUCUAAUAAUACCACAGAGUACCGUAGUUCUUGUUCUCCUGGUGUUCUGCAUAUGCUUCCUAGUGGCUUGUAUUAUGUACCUACAUGUCACACGAGUACAAUGUUUUCCAGGGUGCCUGACUAUACAAAUUCGUACCAUUUUGUGUAUUUUUAUUGUGAUCUUAAUAUACUCCGUGGCUCAAGGAUGUGUGGUUGGCUGUAUGCCUUGGGUUUGGAAUACCAAUUCCAGCAGUUCAAUAGUUAUCAUUUCUCCCGGUGGAACAAAUAAAACAAUGAAUGAACUUCCAUGUGACACAGCCCACUAUGCUUUCCUUUCCUGUGUAGUGGGGACUCUCACUUUGGCAAUAUUUCUACGUGUAUCUUCCUUGCCAAAAAUGAUUCUCCUGCUUUUUGUUACAAUUUUAUACAUAGUUAUCCUGGAACUCAGUGGCUACAGAAAAGCAGUGGGGGGUGGCUCCUUUUAUAUGCGUGGCUAUGAACCAAUACUAGCCAUUUUGCUGUUUUCUUGUGCUUUGGCACUACAUUCCAGGCAGGUGGACUUGAAGCUGCGUCUGGACUACCUCUGGGCUGUGCAGGCAGAAGAAGAGAGAGAUGAUAUGGAGAGAGUCAAGCUGGAUAAUAAAAGAAUUCUCUUCAACCUGUUGCCAGCACAUGUUGCACAGCACUUUCUUAUGUCUAAUCCGAGAAAUAUGGACCUUUAUUACCAGUCAUAUUCACAAGUGGGAGUGAUGUUUGCUUCCAUCCCAAAUUUCAAUGACUUCUACAUCGAAUUGGAUGGCAAUAAUAUGGGAGUGGAAUGUCUACGCCUGUUAAAUGAAAUUAUUGCAGAUUUUGAUGAGCUUAUGGACAAAGAAUAUUAUAAGGACAUAGAAAAGAUCAAGACAAUUGGAAGUACAUAUAUGGCAGCUGUGGGACUCGUACCUACUUCAGGAACUAAGGCUAAAAAAUCAAUUUAUUCCCAUCUGAGUACACUGGCAGAUUUUGCAAUAGAGAUGUUUGACGUUCUUGAUGAAAUCAACUAUCAGUCUUACAAUGACUUUGUCCUACGAGUUGGUAUUAACGUCGGGCCGGUAGUGGCUGGAGUCAUUGGAGCCAGAAGACCACAGUAUGAUAUCUGGGGGAACACUGUGAAUGUUGCCAGCCGGAUGGAUAGCACUGGAGUGCAGGGGAAAAUUCAGGUGACAGAAGAAGUUCAGCGGAUAUUAAAAAGGUGCAGUUACGAAUUCGUGUGCAGGGGUAAAGUCAGUGUAAAGGGAAAAGGUGAAAUGUUGACCUAUUUCCUGGAAGGAAAGGCUGAUGGAAAUAAUUCACAAACACGGUCUUUAAACUUAGAGCGGAAAAUGUACCCUUACGGGAGAGCAAACAUUCAAACAAAACUGGGCACCAGCUGUCCAUCGGUGUCCUCAGUUGCUAGCUUUACUGUAAAAGCUGGGCUUGGAGCAGGUCAAGCGUCUGCCACUCACGCAAAUCAAACCCUGCAUUACCUUCCUUCUGUGCCAGCUGUGAAGGAGGCAUAGAGCAAAGGAGAUUUGGUUGUGCCAUUUGCAGUGAACCUGGAGAGCAAUGGUUGUCUGAAUUUUUACCAAGAGAUCAGAGGUCAUAGGCUGUGGCAUUAACCAAGGACCACUACAACCCAACCAAAGAGAACUUGGGGACUGUGUAAUGAACUCUUGGGAUGGAACAUAUAAGGGCUAGAAAUUCUGUUAGGAAAAGUCAAAAUCUGAUUUUCUGGAAACGAGGAAUAUUUUCUUGGCAUUUUUAAAGGGUAAAUGAAAAAAAAAAUGAGAUAAACGUGCAAGCAAUUAUUUAUGUGUGUGUGUAUAUAUAUGUUUUAAUCUAUAUAUGCACAUAUACAAACAGUCUUACGUAGACUUAAUAGAGAUUUAUAGAGAUAAACAUAAAAAUAUGUAUUUAUUUACACAUCCACCUGCAAUGACAGAGCAAAGAGAUUUCUCUUUCUGUCAUAGCUGGCAUUGUUGGGUCUGGGAUCAGAAAAGCUGCAUUCAAGCAUGGAGCGUGGGGCAGCUGGAGACUCUCCAGGGCUACAGCAAGAGUUAAAGAAACUGUGCUCCCAGUGCGUGAGUUAAAGCAAAGAGAACAGCGUUCAUUGUGCUGUCAAUGGCAGAUUUAUGACAAUUAAUGAAGAUUCAGCUAAUUGCUAAACCCUAUGUAUUUUUUUAAAUUCUCUUUGCAUGCUCCAAAAUCUUAAAGUAAAAAAAAAAUAUUCCAAUUUAAAUGCAUAACACUAGGAUAUGAAGUCGAUAAACCACAAAGCUUAAAGAUUUGGCAGAAGAACAAUACAUAUUCUUUCCUUUUUUUAAAAAAAAAAAGGGUGGUGGAAUUCAGAAGUUGCUGCCUCUUCACAGGUCAUUCGACUCUGUGCAAUGCAGAGGACCCACCCGGCAAGCACAGCAAUAUGCUUAUGCAAUAUAGAAACAUUCCUUUAUGUACAGUGCUGAUUUUAUUGAAGAGCAGAAGGAUGGUGUUAUUUCAGGCUUUUACAAACAGCACAGAUCCUGUGGCUCAGCCCCUGGAUUUAGCUUUACCUUUCUAAACAGCUCAAAGAAUAGUCCUGUACCGGUGACAAACACGCCAUUGCUGUCUUGAUGACAUUUAGAGGUUUUGCCAACAUAGUUUUAUGUCUUAAUUAAUUUUUAAAUUUAUGCCACAGUUUUAUUAUAUCUUGAUUCAACCCAGGCUGUCUCUUCAAAGCUGUACAAUUAUAGAAAGCUAUAAUUCUGAGGAACAAACACAGUCCAACUUUGCCCAAAUGAGGAGCACGCUGGUAAACAUGCCAGGAGAGUGGGGCCUGCUCUUGAUCUGCAUAAAAGGGAACAAUUUUUGACUGCUUCUUCCUUUAAUGCAGCCCACACCCUAUUGUUCAUGGUUUCAUCUUGAAACGCUGAUCUGGAUGGGAAAUGUGGAGUGCAGCUCCGUCCUCAGAGUGGCUGGAGGUCACGCUGUGGCAUGACAUGUGCUCUGCUGACAGGUGCCAUGCUCUCUGGAUGGGGAUGCUCCAGCUGGCCAGCCUCACUGCUUUCCAAAGGAGAAGUAAAACUUUGCGUUGCCCAACAACAUGCAAAACUUCCUUUUAACUAAAAUAAAACAAAACCAAAACCCUAACAAAACAAACUUGAAAAACCCACCCAGGACUUGCAGUAGUUGUCCAAAUUGCACAGUAGAGAACUUAGGUGUACUAGAUGUCAUGUUUCCCUUUGGUGGGCUUAUUUUAUUACUGAUUUCAGUGGAAAGAAGAUUCUGAGCAAUUCCCCUGCCAUCAGCAUUGGAGCAGUCACCAUUUGUGUGAAAAGUAUAUGGACAAACACCCUGUCAACAGAUGCAAAUGGUUAAAGAAAUGCCGCAGGUGUUUCUGUUCUCCACGUAGCCGCAUCAGGCUGUCUGCGGGACUCCAGUGGUUAGCAGCAAGGUUUUCAAUUAAUUUUUAUGUGCCCUGUCAGCUAGGUGCUUCAUUACAAAGCUAGCAAAAUCAGUGUGGUGAUUAAAGUGACUAUAAAAACCUGAGAAUUGCUUCCUAACUGUGCUAGGUGUAUGCAUCCUGGCUGGUCUAUGGAAAGGCACUGCAUUACUUUAUCAACCUAACAGCUAUCCAGUUCACAGGUGUUCUUCCAGAAUAAGUUAAAUCUGAUUUUAAGGCACUCAAAGCCAUUUACAUAAAUACAUGUAGAGAAUACACAUUUAAAAGAAAAAAUAUUUACAUAAUUAAAUUGAGUAUCCAUGUAAAGCACACUAUGUAUUUAUGUAUUCUAGUAGGUUUGUAAGUCAUCACACAGGUAAGUUAAAUAUUUAAGCAAAAUGGAAAGCAUUAUGUGCAAUAGCAUUAAUCACUCAGUUCCUCUCACAAAAAGCCAAAGUGACACAAUUUUUGAAUUGGUGAAUUUGGUAUCAUUUCACUGAUAAUAAUAAAACAGUAUUUUUACAUGUACUGUAACAGCAUCUUCAGAUCCUGGCAGUAGAUCUGGUAGCACGUGAACACAUAGACCAAAUACAGCCAUUGACCCACCUCAAAAGCCUAAAAUGAAAUUACUUUGUUACUUUUUUAGUAGGUCCAUGAUACAGGCACAUUGCCAUCAUUGCUUUUAUCACUAAAUAGACAGCGAGCAGAAAUUAAUUGCCCUCUGUGCUAAUAUUUUCCAGACUGUUCUCAUUCCCAGACUUAUUGCCAGACUAGUCCUAGAGCAACAGCAGUGGAAGGUCACAUAGCAAGGUAAAUUUGGAGUAUUCAUUUUGAUAUUUUAGAAGAUUAACAAGUGCUAUAGAAUUACUCCAAAGUUUUUCUAAGCCUGAGCCUCCUCCCCAACAGCCAAAUGAGGCACGUUGAUUUUUGUAAGAAAAUUUUCCAUGUUGAAUGGGAAGGACCAGACAGUCACAGUCCAUUGUCAGCCUCUCAUGUGGCCCUUUUGCAGGAGCUCUGUGCCUGUGGAGAGGUUGAGUGGAACAGCACGGCCUCUUGGUACUGCAGCCGGCAUGCGUGUGCCAGAUCACAGCAUCAGUAAUUGGAGUCAGUUUCCAGAUUUUGAGUCCUACCGUUGACAUUUUUCAUAUCUUCGUUGUGGUGGUUGUCGCUGGUUUUACUACGGGAGGGAACUAUAUUUUACUAUGUAGCCCUGGACUGGGCAGUACAGAAUCACAAAGGAAGUUCAGCCAAGGCACAAAUGAGUGAAAAGCCACAUGAAAAUGAUAGGCAGUGCUCAGCAGCCUUCCCAACAGGGAAAACUAAAUGCCCGUUGAAAUCAUAAUAUAAUGAAGCUGUGCUCUUGCCUUUAUGCUUUCCUCCCUCUUCAUAUCAUUUCCCCCCAUUUUCCUUUCCUGUGUACAUUUGUUUUAUUUCAGCUCUGGUGUGAUAGCUUUAAACGACAGAUUUAACCUCUCUGAUCUUCUGCCUUCCUUGGUAUGUUCAUUAAGUUUUAUACAUGGAAAGAGGUAGUAGCAAUAUUUCCGAUAACCCCGCAAAUGCACAUUUUCUGCCAAAUUCGAGGAGCUUGUCAUCAAAUGUGGGUUUUUGGCAAUUGGCUGAAGAUAAUACGUGGCCAGCUCCAAUAUCCCUGAUAAUCAUCAGAAGGAUUUCCUUGGAUUUCUGUGGGAUUUGGGUUGCGUCCGCCUUAAUGCAUGCAGUUGUCUUUCCUAUCUUGCAUUUAUUAAUUUUCUGGUCCAGCUCUGUAACUUUUGCCUGGGUGACCUUGCUGUAGCACCAGCGAGGAGUCGGUUCUGCCCCACAGUAACCAAAAUUCACUGGCGUUUAGCCAAGGUCAGUAAUUUGUCGCGUUGUGGCGUUGUGGGCAGAAUAGCCUCCCGCGCUUCUGGUCACUGCUCUGUGCAUCUGUUAGCGUGAAACACUGCACAGGUAGGGACCCUACCACAGAGCGAUGCCACUUCGGCUCGCUGGAGUCUGUCAAUAGCAAGCACAAUAUUUCACAUCAGUUUGCACGUUUUCUCUUUCAGAUAAUAGUAAUAAUCAAAGUCUUUUGUUCUUUAUAUAAGGAGAUACGUAUCGGAGAUCUUCAGACUUCUCUGUCUUGGGAGCAAAUUUCAAAGUGUUCCUACACUACCUUUACCUUUAAAUGUUUGGGUUUUUUAAUUAUUAUUCUCCGCUGAGAUUGCAGACUGGCAUUCAGUUGGAUUAGUGGCUAGAUCUUUCCAAACAUCUUCCAUCUGCAUUCACUAGAAAGCUAUUUCGUCCAGCCUGUAAGAUGUGGUGGGUUUUUGUCGCUGCUUCCUGCCAUGGCAAGUCAUGCUCCCUUGUCUUCACUAAAACACGCGCCCGUUCUCCCUUGCUUUCUCUAGGUGAGACUGAGAGCCAAAAGCUUCAGCUCAUUAGGGCUGAAUCUGCAUCUCUUAAGUACCCACAAGGCCUGCAGAAAUCACCAGGAGUUUAGCAUGCUUAUGAAGAACAGGAGUUGAGCUUCUGUAGGCCAAGUUCUACUUUGGGUUACAGCGACAGCUCAUGUCGGUCCUGAACUGAGUAUUUUACGGCACUGUAACCGAGAGUAGGUCAUGCGCCUCAAUCUCUUUCACGCUUUUGCCUGCAAUUUAUCUGUAAAGGCAAAAGCGAGUCCUUGGGAGUCAGUGUUCAAAGGGAAACGGUAUAUGACCUGUGCCAUUUCAGUGCUUUGAGGAGUCUGAACACACUAGUAAGUAGCGUGAAUCAUUUUCAUGUGAAUUCCUGCUUGUAGCAGACACAAAGCAUUUUCUUUACAUCAGCAAGUUCGGAUUCUGUACGUGUUCUGCCCAGGCAGGAGGACUAUUUAGCCAUAAUGUUCUUUCGAGUUAGAGUUUUGUAUUACAGUGAAAACCAACAUUUUUUAAUUUGUGAUAAACCUGUAUUAUAAUGCCUUAUUUAUUUUUAAUCUUGUACAGUGUUAUAAAACAACAGAGAACAUUGGCCUUUCAUGUAUUAUUCACUUUAAAAGAUGUAUUGUAUUAUGAAAUUUUGUAAAUAGUUUUAGCUCGGACAGGUAAUUGCAUGUACACUUGUAUAGAAAGACGCAAAAAGGCACACUUUUAACAAAUGUUAAUGACUUUUGUAAGAGACAUUUUACAUGUGCAUGGAGAUUAUAAAUCUUUUGGAAAUUGAUGUCCUUUUGCUUUUCCUUGCAAUCUACUGCAUGCCACUCAUGCCUGACUUCAGUAAAACAAAACAAAACAGUAAGUUUUCCUAAAUGUUUUUGACAUAUCACUUCUGGCACAAAGUUAAAUCCACUAGUUGCAUGUGCGUUCAGCAAAGCAAAAUCAAAAUGCAAACAGCAAAUAAAGAAGAAAAAUAAUUUAAUGAUUGUGAUCUGCCAACCUCAGUGUUCCAAGAUCCAUACUACAGUAUAUGGAAAGUGUUAUCAACAUCUAUGCUGUCUUCAUAAGGUACCUUCUGGUCAUUAGAAGCAAUAAACUCUACUUACUGUAAUAUAAAAAGUAAGCAGAUAUUCUAGUUCAUAAUGGUGUAAUAUCUGACAUUCAGUGGGUAUUCUCUGAUACUGCAUUUGAUGUAGUAUUGUCAUCAGGAAGGACCAAGUGUCAAAUCCAUCAUUGCUGUAUGCAGGUGCAACGCGAUGGAAGGUAAAGGAGGUGAAUUUGGCCCAUUGAUGUUACCCAGAGUAUAUUUCUAGUGUAGUAAUAAGUUAUUGUAUGUGCAAAGUACACAAUGCAAAUAGAUUGUUUCCCUAGAUACAUACAUAUGUGUAUAUAUGUAUGUGUAUAUAUAUAUAUAUAAACUAAUUUGGUUGCCUUAUUUUUGUUAGCUUUUUUCAACUUAUUUUCCAAAUAACUUCUAUUGCUAAGCUGAAAGUAUUUACCAGAACUAUUUGGAGAAGGUUCACUGGGUUCUCUGGCUUUGAGCUGUCUGGGUUCUGUGCUGAUGCUAGUCCUGCUCCCGCUAAAGCCACGCUUACAGGGAUGCCUACCCUAAGCAUCACAGCCCAACCCGCCACUUGAGGUCCGUGCCAGUUAGCAAUGUUGGAAUAAGAAAUGGGUAUCUAAUCCUCUAGCUGAUUUUCCCCCAUCUUGCUGCUGAACAAAACUUUAAAUUCUGGAGGUAUUUUACAUGUGUCUUUUUGAAGGUUGUCAUUUCUGUGUCACUACAGUUUGGGACUACUCUUCAAAUUACUUAUGUAAUUGCUGUAUGAUAAAUAAGGAGUACUGGAGGAGCAUAACACUGAGGUUGGUGGCAGAGGGAAAAUGGUGUGGACUGUGAAUACUUUCUACUCUGUAUUAAUAAGGACUUCUUGCAUUUCACAGACUUGAGCUGAUUUCAUAAUAAGGCUUUGAAAUCCAUUAAUUUGUUUGUUUAAUCAGGUGACUCUGGGGUUAACUAUGCAGUACAGCUUCUGCAAGUACUUCUGUCAAAGUAAGUUAAGGUGUAGAUUCAUACAACAUAUCCCAGCGGCCUGCAUACAAGAACCACUACCUUUGUACUGAUGAUUGGCUUCGUACACUAGUUAAGGGUUUCUGACAGUCAUAAAUGAACUUGUCUCAAAUUCAGUGGGUCUUGCAUCUCAGUGUGGCAUAAUUGUUGUGACUAAUGACAAUCUGGACUCUGUUUCUCAACCCCAACUCUGUUGAUGAUUGGCUUUUUUCAGAACUCUGUGUAGGCUUUUUUCAGCUCUUUGUUCCUUUUAAUCCCAUCUCUUACUGAGUUUUCAGGCCAAAGCUCAAUCAUGAAUAAAUGUGUAAAUGUAAAUAAAUGGGGGAAAAGUGCAUCUAAGGGAGGGCUGCCUGUUGCUCUUUAAUUACUCUCCAAAACGUCACACUUCUUGGGUGGCCUGGUGUGACAUAAUCUGAUUGGUACAAGGACAAAAACAGGAAAGGGGCGGGGGGGGGGGGGGGGGGGGGGGGGGGCAAAGUUUUCAGGAGUACAAAAUAAUUAAAAAAAUAAUAAAAAAGAAGAAGCUUGUGAGAUAGCAGUGGCAGAAAGAAAGGGGUGAAAAGCCAGUACUCCUGCAGUCAUUGGUAAAGCUCUUGGUGAUGUGGGACAGGUCUUGAGUGCCUGAGCCAGCAGAGUACUCGACCAGAUUCCUAGUGAGGCAGAAAUAAGAGUUGUGUUCAACUGCGUGGCCAGAUCCACUUGGAGUUUUCGUGUCUGUUCACAUUCAUAAGUGUUCAAGACCUCUUGGUGAACUGCUUUCAGAAUUCCAGAAGGAAUUAUUCAGAGUUGCUGGGGGUUGUCACCUUUAAUGCCUAUUUUCCAAUCAUGAAGAAGCACCUUGAAUUUUGAAUUAGUGUUGGAUAAUGUACAUAGCCUAUGCGCUGGAAGGACUUGGUUUUGCUUGUGCCUUAACUGCAUGCUCGAGGAUCUGCUUCUUUAUAUUAGGAAUCCCCAUUUUAUGCCUUCUGUGGCAUCAGAUGUGUCACACCUGCAUAAAACUGAAGGAACAAACAGUGCUGCAUCACUGUGAAGCUUUUUUACUACUUCCUUUCCUACUUUGGUUUACUACCAGCACAGCUAUGUGGGUGUGAGAAGCGCUCCAAGUGCUUAUGGAGGAAGGCCAUAGGCAGGUACGUGUGUGUCCAAGCUAAAUACGAACAGAUUUCCUAGAAAGCUCAGCACAUGCAGUGAGCUGAGUUCUGCAGAAAAUCUGUCCAGAUAGUUUGGAGCUCCUUUGAAAAAGCUGGCUGCCUUCCUCUUCAGAUCAGGCUUACACAACAUGUUGAUUAAAAACAUGCUUACCUACAGCUUGUAACUGCACUGCCACAUUGGCUAGGGGUAGGUUAGCCUGCCGGUGGUAAAACGGCUAACAGUUCUCAUUGUGGGCAAGGCUAAGGCAUGCUUUGAUUACUGCAGUUGUGCACACUAUCGUGUCUUACUUUCAAGUGCCUGACCUGCUGCUUUGAUCCUAGACCUGUCAAUGGUGGCAUCAGUUAUGGAAAAUUUGAACUGGCACGUGGAAGUUGUUGAGGUGAUUUCUCAUGUCUUUUCCUCCUUGGUGCACAUGGGUGCGAAGGUUGUCUGUGCUUAUGUGUCAAAUGCCAUCCAAGCGAUAUAGCAAGAAUUUUAAGUGAAAUGUAGAUGAAGAUGAAUUGUCUGUGCCAUCACAGAAUUGCUUCAUGAUAAUUACAUUUUUGAAUUGUUACAGUAAAACCCCUUUUUCGCUUAGAAUUCUUGCUUUUUUUACAGUAACAUUACUAGGGUUCCAUUAAGAAAAAAAUGAAAUAAUGGUGUAACUCGCUCCCAUUUACAAGUACAAUUGUCUGUACAAAUUUGGACUUAGGGAAAGCAAAUGGCGAGUUUCUUUUCUGCAUUCAAGCCUCUGGUUUUUAUGCAGAGGUAGCUUUGGAAAAUGUUACAGAAUAUGGUAGGAAUGUAAGUAAUGCUUUCAGAGCUACUGGUUACCAUCUCAGAGCAGUUACCAUUUCUAGCGUAACUAACCCAAUACAGAGAAUUCUAGAGCAGUGAUAUUAUUUUCAGUGAAAUUAUGACAGAGGUUAAAAACCUCUUCUUGGAAGUUCUUUUUACAUUAUAUACUUGUGUGUAGGUUUGUCUGUGUGCAAAUCAUCAGUUUGUACACGGAAUGUGGAUAGUGGUCUGAAACAGUAGCAAUGCAUGCACGUGUCAGUUCCAAGCAGAUUCAGCCAACUUUGACCCAUCUCUUAAAAUCUCUGCCACUAAAACUUGUGCUGCAGCUCACAUCUGUCUGGAUUUUAUCCUGCUGGUUAGUCCUUGUACGCUCUGUUGUCAGAACGUUAAUUUUUGCCCUUCUUGUAUAUGUCCAUAGGUUCUGCUUGGAAAUGAGAUAUUAAGUAUUUUUCUGAUCUGGUAAUUGAAAAGAUUUAGAAGUGUAUGUGAUUCCUUCUUUUUGUAAUGAAACGUUCAGCAGCCUAAGGUAGGAGGCAAAAAACCCCAACCACACGGAGCACGUAUUCUACAAUCAAAAUUGGUCUGUCUACACAUGAUGGCACAGUGUUCACUGCAGGCUUACCUGUAAUUUUAAGCAUCCUAGAAAUAUUUAAAUGUAGUAAAUGCUAUGGUGCUAAGAGGAAAGGAGCUAGGCAUGCCUGCCUGCCUCUUAACGCCACGUAACUAUUCUUUGGACAUGAAAAUGUGACCUGCAACUCAUAAAACAUUGCUUCUUAAGGGAUCGAUGCCCCCUGCCACCCUUAACUUGCCUUCCAUUGUUCAGUGCCAUCCCAUUUUUUUUGCAGGCGGUUACUGUCUGCUCAGUCCUGCUUACCAUCUCCCUCCCCAGGUCCUCCACCACGUUGUUGGUAAUCAUCUUUUUCAAAGAGAAAAUAUAUUUACAAAAAGCAGAUUUUUCAUAUAAUAGGUGUUUAGGGGAAAAGAAAUCGCUUUGCCACAGCGGGGUUAGGAAGUGGUAUGUGUGACAGCAGGCCUGAAAGGAUGAGUGAAGGUCCCCAGUGGCAGGAACGUGGGCACCAGCAGCUGGCAGCAGGCUGGAUAGCCAGGCUUAACCCCGCCAGCUGCAGGCAGAGCAGCAUCCCUGCUCCUGUCCCCAGAGAAGAGACACAGAUAAGCAAGAGGGGGGAGAUAGUCUUAAUUCAUGUUCCCUAGCAGUUUACUAAACAUGUGCAAACCCAUUUCAAGGGUAGUCAUGUUCUCUGUGUCUGGAUGCCUCUCUUUAUUAAAAAAUAAAGAGUAAGCAAAGGUACAGUCUUGGGGUUUUAUAGGGCUGGUUGAAUCAAAGCAUUCAGUAAGACCAUGCAAGAGGAGUCUUAGCUGCUUAACCUGCAGAUUUUUGCAGCAAAUUCUGCAUUGCUUCCAAACUAACUUGAAUAUUCUGCUUAGACUUUGAAAAAAAAAUAAUUAUUUGCAUCAGGUAGAGAUACUCCGUUCCUCGAAGGGAAAACCAAAUGUAUUCUUCCUUCUUUUUGAACAGCAUACGAGGUUUCAGAAGGUAUUUCAGUCUGAUUUACAGCCUGGUAAAAUCGAUGGAAAUAUUAACUUCAGUGAUGGUUGAGUUGUUAGAUCAGGCCUUAUUCUGAUGCCUCUUCCUCUCCCACUGAUGUCAAACGGGGUGUUGCCAGUAACUUCAAAGGGACGGGGAGGAGGCCUACUGUAUCACAAUAGAAACAGCUAUCGACAUAGAUAAAUAAAAUUAACAGUCCUAACUUUAAGGAACGAACUAGUAAGUUAAGAUGUCAUUUUUUCAACUAUUGUAGCCCACUGAACCUAUAAAUAAUUUUUAUAUCUAUAUAGCUAUACACUAUAUAUAUAUAUGUAUGUAUAUACAUAGUACAAUACAAUAACUUAACACUGGGUAACUUCUAAUGAUAGAUUUGCAUUAAUAAUACGGGUCUAUUUUUAUGUAAAUAGAAUAUUGUAGAGUAUCUUCCAGUCUUUUUCAGGAUUGUUAAAUUGAGAAGAGCAAUUGAAUAUUUGUCCUAUUUUUAUGUUAAAAAGUGAAUGGACUGAAAUGUUAAAUGUGAAUGUAAAUUUCUUAUUGCAACUUUUAUACUGAAUGUUUGCACUAUUAUAAUUUCUGGAAUCUAAUUAAAAAUAAAGAAAAAAAAGUUGCUUGAAUAAACAGCUGUUUGAGAUUG